AUGGCGUUGUUCAACGGUACGAACAUACUUCUCGUUGCUCAACGUGAGGCUGCGCUCAAGGAGUUUAUGGAGAAGCAUUUCUACGGAAUUUUGGCAUUGAUGAAGAAAGUCACACAGUCGCCAUGUAUUCUUGAUAUGGUCGGUGUGCAAGAAGCUCAACGUUUGCCUGGUAUACUCGCAGAUAUGUUAACCGAACUUCAGAAGGCUUUUGACGAUGAUUUAUUAGAAAUCAUGAAUAAUAGAAAAGACAUUCCACGUCUGCAAAAGCACCUUAUGAAAAUGUUUGCUGGUGUGACUUUUGUAGAUGUUCUGGAAGAAGACCGCGUUAAUACUGCACUCCAAAGUAUCGAAAGCGAACGAGUAGAACUUGUCCAGUCGGUCCACAGCAGAGAUGUUUUCAUCAAUGAUUGGCGUAAAGCGAUGGAAGCUGAAAUGAACGCCUACGUGUUUACAGGAGAAAUUAUUCUGUUUGCCAGAAGCAACGUAAAAAGAGAGAAAAUUUGUAAGGAUGGCCUCCUUGAGGAACUGUCAGCUAAAGGUGCUCAAGCGGAAUCACAGGUAAAGAAGGCAUCACCACCUACUGAACCGCCUGAACCAUUGCUGAUAAUAACUUCAGGCAAUAGUUAUUCACCAUUACAGCUGAUUUCUGAUCAUCUGCUGCGAAAAACUGUGUUGAAAGAUCCAGAAGAAUUAUUCGGUCAGUCAGUGAUAACGUAUCUUCACUAUGGGACGUUCACCUCAUUUGCCUCCAGUAUGAUUCAACUUGGGCCACAUUAUCAAAAGAAGGCUCAGAUCUUCUGCUUGGGACAUCCGGUGUUCGAAACAGUAGCUGAUGUCACGUCGCUGCGAGAUAUGGCUAGCGACGUUGGGGCUCAUUUUAUAAAGGUGCUGGACGAUUUUCUGGAUAUGUUAGUUGAUCGGGAAUAG